CUUUUUCGUGCGACGCGAAGUUCCAUAAGGCUGCCACUCUAUCAAUCUCUCCUUGAGUGCGCAAAUUCAAUCGAAACAUGUGUGUGAAUUUGCCGGAGGCUGACCAAGGUGAUGCCGAUGGACAAUUCUGUUUUAUGUUAGAAUUACUCUUAUAAUUAGUGAAUACUGAGUAUGAAUCAGUGAAGAAAAAGAAAUAGAAAAAUGUCAUCUUAUCUACGUUCUGUUCCGAAUAAAUUUACAUCUUUUGUUAACACAAGAAGACAAGUAACUAAUAUCGAUCAUCAGUUACCAAAACAUGUUAAAUCGUCUCUGUUUUUGGAGGAAUUUCUAGGUAUACAAACAUCGAUAAAUCUGCCAAUAAAUUUGAAAGAAAACUCUUCGAAAGAAAAAUCUAUAGUCCCUGUAUCAUGUCAAAAUGUACCAGUUGUUUUUAUCGGCACUAGUAUUAAAAAACCUAAGGCACUGAGCAAAAAGUAUAAUUCUAUUAAACAUCAAAAACCUAAAUUACAUCAACAGAGACAAAUAAAUAUUCAAACAUUGAACAUGCUCGAUACCGAUUCGAGUAGUAAGAAUCUAUUGAAAAAUAAUGCAGACUGGGAAAGAACAAUUACAAAUCUCCAGAACAAGGACCUUGCUUUCCUGUAUAUAGAACCAGCUAAAAGGAUAUUUUGUCAUGCAUUACCUAAUUCAGAAAGGAAGAACGUUUUGUACUCAAACGUUUCUCCUAGCAUACAAAACGUAAAUGAAACGCAACCUUCUGAAGAUCGUAAACCAUCCGAAGCACAGUUGCAAAGUAUAUUUGAUAUUCUUCGUGAAGACUUACCAUUACUGUUCGUUAAACCAAUGGAUUAUAGAAUAUAUACACAGGAUUUACAAUUUGUGAACAAUAUUAAAGGGACAGUAAGUACCGGUCUCACUCCAUAUAUGAAACAAAUAAUGUUAUUAAAACUAGUAGGUCAUUUAAAGUACGCUUAUAUUAAAUUAAACAUUUUAAAAAUGACUAUGCACCCUGAAGACAGUAGUAUUAAAGUUCGUUGGCGCAUAGUAGGCAUUUCUGGUACACGGGUAUUUCUUACAUUUUGGAAAUUCAAAGUCUGGAAUGUUAAAGAGCAGAUAAACGAUACGUCGGCAUGGUACGAUGGUUUUUCUACGUUUUAUAUCAAUAACGACGGCAAAAUUUUCAAACAUGUUGUGGAUAAAAUGAUGCCUGAUCAAGACGUAGAAGAGAAAGUGAAAACACCGAUCGAACCGAAAUUGGCAUUAUUCACAGCGUUGUUGAGUUUAAUAGAUAUGCAUUACUUUGUUAAAUUCUGUUCCAAAAAAUAUCUUCAAUCGCUUCGAAUAAAAUAACUUUAAUACAGUUUUUUAAAUUAUUACACUUGAUGAACAAAGAUUAAUAAAUAAUGAAACUGCACCGUUCAUAUGAUACAUUAUUUAAAUGCAUUUGUAGAACUGCAGCCGGAAUUGAAAUUGCAACUGGAAUAUUUAUACUUUAUGCAAGUGUGACUACAGAUACUUUGUGCUAGAGAGAUGUUGCUACUUAUGUAGUAUGUAUUUAAUUUAGACAUAGAGCGGUACGUUAUACUGUCCUCAUCUUAUUAAAGCCAUACAAGUAUUCACUGCACUGCUGACUGGUAUGUGAUUAUUCGUGGAUAAUAAUUUAUUAUUAACUUUAUAUAUUUUGGAUAAUUACCAGAUUAUAACAUUUAUCCUAUAUAUGUCAUAAUAAAACAAUGGUUGAUGAUAA